CAGGAUACUUGUCAGUUGUCUAAUUGUGAUGUCUUCAUCACAGAAAUUGCUGUAGUUAAAUAGAGCUGUGUGUGUGUAUAAUAUAUCAUUAGAAACCAGGGUAUAAACCAUUAUGUAGAGCCUUAUAAAGGGUUAUAAUUCAUAUUCAGAUAUAUGAACGAAUUAUAGCCCUUUAUAAAGCCUCUACCUAGUGGUUUAUACCUUGAGUUCUCAUUAUUUAAAAGUAACAUUUUUUUUUUCUCUCCUCAGUAUGGGCCUGUGUUUAGUUUCACUAUGGUGGGCAAGACAUUUACAUAUCUCUUAGGUAGCGAUGCUGCUUCUCUGCUGUUCAACAGUAAAAAUGAAGACCUGAAUGCAGAGGAUGUAUACUCUCGUCUAACCACACCUGUCUUUGGCAAGGGAGUUGCUUAUGAUGUGCCUAAUUCGGUGUUUUUGGAGCAGAAGAAAAUGCUAAAAACAGGGCUGAAUAUAGCACAGUUUAAACAACAUGUACCUGUAAUAGAAAAAGAAACAAAGGAUUACUUUAAAUCCUGGGGACAGAGUGGCAAAAGAAACUUAUUUGAAGCAUUUUCAGAGCUCAUUAUUUUGACAGCAAGUCAUUGCUUACAUGGGAAAGAAAUCAGAAGCCUACUCAGUGAGAAGGUGGCACAACUGUAUGCUGAUUUGGACGGGGGAUUUACUCAUGCUGCUUGGCUCCUGCCAGGGUGGCUACCACUGCCAAGUUUCAGGCGUAGAGACCGAGCACACAGAGAGAUAAAGAACAUUUUCUAUAAGGUUAUCCAGAAACGGCGCCAGUCAGGAGAAAGGGAGGACGAUAUGCUUCAAACGCUGCUGGAUGUUCGAUAUAAGGAUGACCGUCUUCUGACAGAUGAUGAAAUUGCUGGAAUGCUUAUUGGGUUACUGUUAGCUGGUCAGCAUACGUCCUCAACCACCAGUGCUUGGCUUGGCUUCUUCUUAGCUAGAGACAAAUCAAUACAGGAGCAGUGUUAUGCGGAACAGAAAGCAGUUUGUGGAGAUGACUUGCCACCAUUAAGUUAUGACCAGCUGAAGGAUCUGAACUUGCUGGACCGUUGUCUAAAAGAAACUUUAAGGCUUAGACCUCCUAUAAUGACUAUGAUGAGAAUGGCAAGGACUCCUCAGACUGUUGCUGGCUAUACUAUUCCUCCUGGUCACCAGGUCUGUGUAUCUCCUACUGUUAAUCAUAGACUUAAGGAUUCUUGGGUAGAAGCCUUAGAGUUCAAACCUGAUCGUUAUCUCCAGGAUAAUCCAGCAGCUGGAGAGAAGUUUUCAUAUGUGCCAUUUGGUGCAGGUCGUCAUCGUUGUAUCGGAGAAAAUUUUGCGUAUGUUCAGAUUAAGACAAUUUGGUCUACUUUGCUCCGUUUAUAUGAAUUUGAUCUCAUUGAUGGAUAUUUUCCUACUAUAAAUUAUACAACCAUGAUUCACACACCUAAUCAUCCAGUUAUCCAAUAUAAGAGACGGUUGUGCUGAGUUUGUGAUAUAAAUAUUUCUGUAUCUAAAUGGCAAAAAUUAUUGUUUUGAGUUAAGUGGUUCAGAGAAAAUGUACUAUCCCAUUGGACAUGUAGUAUAAUGGAAACAAGAUAAACCUAACUACAAAAUAUGGAACCAUUUAGUACUUUGUACAUUCUACAAUAACAAGAUUUUUAUUAGAAAAGGCAGCAUUUUAUACUUGUGUAAUAAUUUUUAGGCAGAUACCAAAUAAUUAUUAGAAUUGAAUUAGUUUCAAGUAAUCACAGGUGAGGAAAUAAAAGGUUUAAAUCUCAAUUUCUAAUGACUCUUUAAAAACCUACCAUGUUUGAGCUAAGGGAGCAAGUUUGUGCACUUAUGGACACUUGGUGCUGCUGUGCAGUUUGAGCUUGUUACCUCCGUAGUGUGGCUGUGUAAGCAUACAUGUGUAUCCUGAGCAUGCGUAGUAAACUAUACAUGGCUGUGCAGGUAUGUGGCUUAUGUAAACAUGCCUGUUGUGGACCCCAAAGUCACAAAAUUAUAGCCAGACCAAAAAACACUGACUGGGAGCAAGGGAGAGGAGGAAAGACAAUGACCCUUCCAUGUUUUAGUGCUAAUAGCUAACUGGUGAGAGCAGAAAGGAAGGAGGAAACCUGAGCUGUAAGUCCCCCUUCACCCAGAGAAUUUUGAGGCUGCAUAUUUCUGAUUGCUACAUGACAGGUUAAGCAUUGUCCAGUUUGCUCUUCAGCACUCCUUUUGAAGCAGAGCCACACUACACCUUGCAUUUGAUACUCACUGGAUUAAAUGGAUGGAGUGAAAAAGAUAAAGCUUUCUGUUUCCUGGAAGUAAGGGUCUAGGCUACUUUUUUAUGUGGCUGGAAAAAUGCCAUUUAGGUACACGAAUGAAACAAUUCCUCUCAAGUGAUUUAACUGCCUCAAAAUAGGCAUCAAAGAGACAUUUUCAAAAAACAGUAGGCAAACAUUUAAAUAUAGAUUCAUUUAAGUUGUCAGGUUGGGCACCCAAAAUAGGUUAGUCACUCUUUGAAGUAUUGGUGUAGGUAUAAUAAUUAGCAGAACUUCACAAUUUUGUGAAUGAAUAAAUAGUAAGCAGAGUAAGGCAGUUGUCAGAAAAAUAUGCUUAUGUCCAUGUAACUUUAAAUGUGUUCUUUGUCUACAAGAAGCUGAAUGAAAUAGCUAAAUAUUGUGCUACUGCUGACUUUUUCCCCCAGUAUUGUUAAUUGUACAUUUUUGAAGUGGAGUUGUGAUAAUGGAUGGAAAUAGCUGUGACGUGUAAAAAAAUUUAAUUAAAAUUUAUAAUUUUUUUUGGUGAAA